AAACUUGCACUUCAACUCUAAUUUCACCUGAAAGAACGGUAGCAAAUAAAGAAGAAGGGUAAACUGAAGCUAUAAAGAUAUGUUCUUUAUGAAGAUGUCUUUGAUUUGGAAGAGACCAAGUUGUUUGACAUGGCAAAGUUAGGUAUAAAAGGGCCGGAGGAGAAUGUGGUGACUGAAUUCACGAGUAAGCAUAACAGAUUGGAUUACAUAAAGAAAAAUGAUGACUAGAUUGCUCUGGAGUUCAUGGUGUUAUUUGGCUCAGUUUCUUGUCCAAAGUGAAAAUGUUUCACCUGACUGGGUUAUGUUGAAUGUCAACUCACCUUAACUGUUUUGAGUCUUACAAGAAAUCUUGACAGGCAUGCGCAUAAUCUACUUGUUAAUUUAGGAUUUGCCAGGCUGUACUUCCUUUAGGACAUGGUUUGGGAAAAUGUGAGUGAUAAAACUAAAAUGAGUACAAAUCAUUGAUGCAGGUCAAAGAAGUAGCAUUAGAGAAAAUUGGCAAACACUAAUUAUAAAACUUACACCAUAGCAAAUUUCAUCAUUCAGGUCAACGAAGCAUCAUUUGUAAACGUUGAUCGAUCAACAAGAAAGCCACAGACGAUUCUACUUUGUGGAUGGAGGAGGGACAUUGAUGAUAUGAUUGUGGUGUUGGAUGCGUUUCUUGCACCGUGUUCUGAGCUCUGGAUGUUCAAUGAUGUUCCUGAAAAUGAGAGGGAGAAGAAGCUUAUCGAUGGUGGUCUUGACCUCAGCAGGUUGGUGAAUAUAUCAUUGGUCAACCGAGAAGGCAAUGCAGUUAUCAGGCGUCACUUGGAAAGCCUUCCCCUAGAAUCUUUCGAUUCGAUUUUAAUUUUGGCCGACGAGUCAGUCGAGGAUUCAGCUAUUCAAGCUGAUUCUAGAUCUCUAGCCACGUUAUUGUUGAUUCGUGAUAUUCAGGCAAAGCGGCUCCCAUACAGAGAAGCAAUGGUGACAUCAGUUCAGAGAGGGAGCUUCUCACAGGGAUCUUGGAUAGGAGAGAUGCAACAGGCUUCUGAUAAAUCAGUUAUCAUCAGUGAGAUUCUGGACCCAAGGACCAAAAACCUACUAUCCAUGUCGAAGAUCAGCGACUACGUUUUGUCGAACGAGCUUGUCAGCAUGGCGCUGGCAAUGGUUGCCGAGGAUCGUCAGAUCAAUCAUGUGCUCGAAGAGCUAUUCGCGGAGGAGGGAAACGAGUUGCAGAUAAGAGAAGCUGAUCUUUACCUGCGUGAAGGAGAAGAGCUGAGCUUCUAUGAGAUAAUGUUGAGAGCUCGGCAGAGGAAAGAGAUCGUGAUCGGAUACCGUUUAUAUAACGCGGAAAGAGCUGUUAUCAAUCCGCCGGCUAAGGCGGAGAGACGGAGGUGGUCAGUGAAAGAUAUGUUUGUCGUAAUUGCUGAGAAGGAAUAGAAGGAAUUAUUCUUCUUUUUCUUAGAGAAAGAAAAGCCUCAAACAUGCUAUAUCGUCUCAUUCAAAAUACAAAUUUGUUACAUGGGCAUGUGUAAAAUUCUAGUUAAUUUUUGUUUGUAUAUAAUGGCCAUGUCACUAAGAUAGCAAAAAAUACUCAAUGUUUGGAUAUCAAAUUUUUGAGUAAUUUUGCUUUUGGGUAGUGUUGGGUACCCAAGAGAAAAUAGAUAUUCAAUUU